CAAACCGCUUCCCCAUUCUUACAUAACCGCCGCUCCUCUCUAUCUCUCUUCGCUUUCUCGCCGCCUCUUGUUUUUUUUCUUCCGGUCAUUUUCGCGGUGCAGAUCUGAUCCGCCGGGAAAGAUGAACGGGAUCCUCCAGAAGGUUGCUGCACCUUUCCGUAUCUAUCCUAAUCUCUCGAAGAUUCUACUCGUCGUCGCCGUCGGUGGUGGUGGCUAUGUAGCCUAUGCUCAGGCAAACUCAGACUACCUGGUCAGCAGUGCACCUGGUGCAGAAAGAAAGAAGGUGGUUAUACUUGGGACAGGGUGGGCUGGAACAUCUUUCUUAAGGAAUCUGAAGAAUCCUUCAUAUGAUGUUCAUGUUGUAUCUCCUCGUAAUUACUUUACGUUCACCCCUCUACUGCCGAGUGUUACCUGUGGUACGGUUGAGCCUCGGAGCAUCAUUGAACCAAUUCGUAACAUGGUUCGAAAGAAAAAGAUUGGCUUUCAAUUCACUGAAGCCGAGUGUCUCAAGAUUGAUGCAAAAGAGAAGAAAAUCUAUUGCCGGUCUAAACUACAGGACGGGGUUAAAGAAUUUGUUGUGGACUACGACUACCUUGUAAUAUCUGUCGGAGCCAGUGUUAAUACCUUCAAUACUCCUGGUGUGAUGGAGAACUGCCAUUUCUUGAAGGAAGUGGAAGAUGCUCAGAAGAUACGAAAAACUGUUGUUGAAUGCUUCGAAAAGGCCAGCCUGCCGACUGUCAGUGAUGAGGAGAAGGAGAGAAUUCUUCAUUUUGCCGUUGUUGGGGGUGGCCCAACUGGCGUAGAGUUUGCUGCCGAACUUCAUGAUUAUGUGAAUGAGGAUUUAGGCAAACUAUAUCCUGAGGUCAAAGAUAAAGUUAAAAUAACACUUCUUGAGGCUGGAAAUCACAUUCUGAGUAUGUUUGAUAAAAGAAUCACAGAGUUUGCUGAGGCCAAAUUUCGCAGAGAGGGUAUUGAUGUAAAAACUGGAUCAAUGGUUACUAAAAUAGAUGAUAAACAAAUCACCACCAAAGAAAUGAAAACUGGAAACAUUUCAACCAUGCCAUAUGGAAUGGCUCUCUGGUCAACUGGUAUUGGAUCACGCCCUUUUAUAAGGGAUUUCAUGAAUCAAAUUGGUCAGGCUAAUAGACGUGUUCUAGCAACUGAUGAAUGGUUACGUGUGGAGGGAUGUGACAAAAUCUAUGCACUUGGUGAUUGUGCCACAAUCAAUCAGCGAAAAGUUCAGGAAGAUAUCUCUGCUAUAUUCAGUAAGGCAGACAAGGACAAAUCAGGAACACUUACUGUUCAGGAAUGGAAAGAAGUCAUCAAUGACAUUUGUGAAAGAUAUCCUCAAGUGGAUCUUUAUUUGAAGAACAAGAAUAUGCGUGAUAUUGUUGAUCUUCUGAAGGAAACAAAGGGGGACAGUGCAACUAAGACAGCGGAGCUGAACAUUGAAGAUUUCAAAUUAGCUCUUUCUAAAGUGGAUUCCGAGAUGAAAAUGCUUCCAGCUACAGCCCAGGUUGCAGCUCAAGAAGGUGUCUAUCUUGCCAAUUGUUUCAACCGUAUGGAAAUGUGUGAGAAAUAUCCAGAAGGUCCUCUCAGGUUUCGGGGAGAAGGUCGUCAUCGAUUCCGUCCCUUCAGGUACAAGCAUCUUGGACAAUUUGCUCCUUUGGGAGGUGAGCAAACAGCUGCACAACUCCCUGUGCUUCCUGGUGAUGGUGUGUCUAUCGGCUACAGCUCCCAGUGGCUCUGGUAUUCUGUUUACGCCAGCAAACAAGUAAGCUGGCGCAACAGGGGAAUGGUCAUUUCCGACUGGUUAAGAUGUCACAUUUUCGGAAGGGAUUCUAGUCAGGUUUGAGGAAGACACUCGUCUUGAAUAUACGGUUUUCACACAUCUACGGCAGUUUCGCAAUAAACAGGUUUUUGUCGAACUAGGAUUUUAGUUACCUCUUGUUGAAACCCGACAAGUCUGACCGGUACAGCUUUUUGAGAAAACAACAUUCUGUAGGGAUUACAAGGUCCCCAAUUUUGCUGAAUGUAGUAUAUUCAUCCAAGUUUCUUUAUAGUCCUAUCAGAGACGCAGAGUACCUCUGGAUUGUGCUUCUGUAGGAAGUGCUUUGAUUCAUUAAAAUGGAUAUCAUAAAGGUCCUUACCAAAUAAAUCUGUU